GAAAAAGCGAAAACUUUUCGUUGGCAUGUUGAAUAAAAAAUACACGGAAGCCGAUGUGAGGCAACUAUUCACGGGCCACGGCACCAUCGAGGAGUGCACCGUGCUGCGGGAUCAGGUGGGCCAGAGCAAGGGCUGCGCCUUCGUAACAUUCGCAACCAAACAGAAUGCCAUUGGGGCGAUCAAGGCCCUGCAUCAGAGCCAGACCAUGGAAGGCUGUUCGGCGCCUCUGGUCGUGAAGUUCGCCGACACGCAAAAGGAGAAGGAUCAAAAGAAGAUGCAACAGCUGCAGGCCAUAUGCGGCAUCAGUGCGCUGACACAAACGCCCAGCGGCGCUGCAGCAGCCGCUGCCACGCCCACAGCGAACACGGCCACUGCGCUGAUUGCCGCAGCGCCGGCAGCUCAACGCCCGAAUCCAUCGAUGGCCGCAGCGUUGGCCGGUGUGCCGCCGGUACAAAGCGCUGGCGCUGCAGCACAGACGCCGACGCUCGUCUCAGUGCCGACGACGGCAGCUCUGAGCGCUUCGCUGGCACCGGCAUUGCUCGGCAGCAGUCCGCAUCACGCCCAGACGCCGGGCGCAGCGGCAGCCGCAGCAGCAGCUGCCUACCUCAGCGCUGAUCCCACGGCUCACUUGCAGCUCUAUCAACAGAUGCAGCCCUACGGUCUACUGCCGGCCCACUAUCUGCAAGGACUAAAUUUCCACCCACCGGAUAACAGUGCCCACCACAGCCAACACGGCCCAUCAUCCGGCGCUGCCGGCAGCACAGCAGCAGCAACUCUAUCGGCUGCAGGCGCCGCCGCCGCCGCAGCUGCAGCAGCAGCAGCAGCUGUCGCCGGGUCACCCGCAUCAGCAGCAGCAGGCGCACCACCACCCCCAACAUCAUCAUCAUCUCUCCCACUUGGCAUCGCAUCACCAGCAUCCGGCUACAGCGGCGGCAGCAGCAGCGGCAGCUGCAGCGGGAGUCUCGCUGCCGCCGGGCAUGCUCCUGGCACUGGACUGCUCGCCAAUGCAUCCAUGUCUAUGCAGAAUCUGGUAACAUUGUUCAAUGCUAGCCAGCACAGCAACAGCAGCAGCAUCAGCAGCCUCAGUCACAGCCAUCGCCUCCACAGCAGCAACAGCAACAUCAACAAUAACAACAACAGCAACAACAGCCACUUACCCAGCAGCAGCAACAUUCUCAAUAGCCAGCAGCGUCAGCUUGGUGCCAGCUUCGCGCCCAACGCUGGACAAUUGGUCACGCAUGCGCAUCACAAUUUAAGUUUGGCACAGCUAAUGGGCGUGGCACCGCCACCGCCCCCAGCGGGCGCCAGCCAAGCGCUCACGCUGAGCGCGCUCUGGCCACCCAGCGCCGCAGAUCCCUAUGGCACCAACACCUUUACCGGCUUACCCAACGGAGCUAGUGUCGCCUAUGGAGCCGCACAGACGCUGAAUGCCAACGCCUUGCAAGCCGCCGCAGCGAGCGUGGCAGGCAAACAGAUCGAGGGUCCCGAUGGCAGCAAUCUGUUUAUCUAUCAUCUACCUCAGGAAUUCAUAGAUACCGAUCUCGCUUCGACAUUUUUGCCCUUUGGCAAUGUGCUAUCGGCCAAAGUGUUCAUCGAUAAGCAAACAAAUCUAUCGAAAUGCUUUGGCUUCGUCUCCUACGACAAUCGGCAUUCAGCUGAUGCGGCCAUACAAGCAAUGCACGGCUUUCAAAUAGGCACAAAGCGGUUGAAGGUGCAGCUAAAGCGGCCCAAGGACUUGGGCAAGCCCUAUUAAGCAGCUAACUGAGCGUGAUCUAUCGCCGCAAAACACAAAUCCCAAAACAAAAAACACAAAUAGAAAUAGAGUAGUUCCAUAUUGUGCCUUUUAGCGUGAAAUGUUUUCGAAACCAAAGGACCAAUUAAUAAAAUCUAUCUAAUGUUAAGCAAACACCAAAAA